AUCGCGGCAGCGCUUACGGCGCCUGGCCGAGAUGUACUAGCGAAGGUAGUUACCAUGGAGUUUCGCUGGGAAACCCUGAGGUAGUGAGUGGGACGCCAAAGCUGGAAGGGCAGCAACUGCGGGGAACAGUCCCUGAUCCAAAGGAAUGAAUCCAUAAUGGUGGCGUUUCAGGCAUCAGUGACAGGCUGAACCCGGACUCCCAGGGCCCACGCUUACACCUGACAAAUGAUGGCCUGAGCUAUGAGCAAACAGGACUACAUGAACACUUGGGUGCAGGAGCCCCCUCUUGACUACUCCUUCCGAAGCAUCCCUGUGAUUCAAGAUCUGAUAAGUGAGGAGCCAAGGACAGGGCUACGACCACUAAGGCACUCGAAGUCGGGGAAGUCACUAACCCAGUCCCUGUGGCUGAACAACAAUGUCCUCAAUGAGCUGAGAGACUUCAACCAUGUGAUUUCACAACUGCUGGAGUAUCCAGAGAACCUGGCCUGGAUUGACCUGUCCUUUAACGACCUGACUUCCAUUGACCCUGUCCUCACAACUUUAUUCAAUCUGAGUGUCCUCUACCUCCAUGGCAACAGCAUCCAUCGCCUGGGAGAGGUGAAUAAGCUGGCCAUCCUCCCUCGGCUCCGGAGCCUAACACUCCAUGGGAACCCCAUAGAGGAAGAGAAGGGGUAUAGUCAGCCCUGGGGCCCUUCCUCUUGUCCUAUGCUACGAUCUUCCCCAAGCAGGAGCCUCCAGCCCAGGGCCCAGGUAGGGACUAUGUCCCCUGCCAUUGCGCUGGCCUUCCUGCCACUGGUGGUGACAUUGCUGGUGCGGUACCGACACCAUUUCCGACUGCUGGUGCGUGCGGUCUUGCUGCGGAGCUUCCGAGAUUGCCUGUCAGGGCUGCGGAUUGAGGAGCGGGCCUUCAGCUAUGUGCUCACCCAUGCCCUGCCUGGGGACCCCAGUCACAUCCUCACCACCCUGGACCACUGGAGCAGCCACUGCGAGUACCUGAGCCACAUGGGGCCUGUCAAAGGUCAGAUCCUGACACGGUUGGUGGAAGAGAAGGCCCCUGCUUGUAUGCUGGAGCUGGGCACCUACUGCGGGUACUCCACACUGUUUAUUGCCCGUGCCCUGCCCCCUGGGAGUCGCCUUCUCACGGUAGAACGGGACCCACGCACGGCAGCAGUGGCUGAAAAACUCAUCCGUCUGGCUGGCUUCGAUGAGAGCACGGUGGAGCUCAUCGUGGGUAGCUCAGAGGAGGUGAUACCGCGCCUACGAACCCAAUACCAGCUGAGUCGGGCAGACUUGGUGCUCCUGACACACCGGCCCAGAUGUUACCUGCGGGACCUGCAGCUGCUAGAGGCCCAUGCCCUGCUGCCAGCUGGUGCCACUGUGUUGGCAGACCACGUGGUCUUCCCUGGUGCACCCCGCUUUCUGCAGUACGCCAAGAGCUGUGGCCGCUACCGCUGCCGCCUCCAUCAUGCUGGCCUCCCAGACUUCCCUGCCAUCAAGGACGGCAUAGCCCAGCUCACCUACUCAGGGCCUGGCUGAGGUCCAAACCCAGGGGUACUUACUGCUGCCCCACCCCACACCCACCCAAGCAAGG